AUGAAGUUCAGUGCUGAUAAAGGUAAUAAGAUGCACACUGGAACAAAAAGUCCUAAUUUUAAAUAUAUGCUGGUGGAUUCUGAACUGGCUGAGAUCAAGAUUGAAAGAGAUGUUGAAGUUAUAGUGGAAAGCCUCAAUGAAAAUGUUGAAUUCAAAUUAAAUUCAGUGGUGUAUGACUAUACCACUGAAGAAGCUCAUCAAAAGUUUAUGAAACUAUAUCCUAGAAUCUUCAUUGAACCAAAACCUGUCUUGCCAGGAAUUCCUACAAAAAGAACAAAAGGGGUACAUACCUGUGAAGUCAAUAAUGUCAAUGAAUUUGGUGAAGAUUCUCACAACAUAACCCUGUACUUGAAUAAAAUUAAAACUCCCCAGACGGUGCAGUUUGGCUCUCAGGAAUACAUAGAGAAGAUGAUAAUCCUAAGUAAGAUGCUCAAGAAAAUCCCUAUUCUAAGAUCUCCUGAAGAAAAUGAGAUCGUAUACCAGACCCUCAAACUUAUUCCUGACAUUAAUGACCAACUUUCGGAUGAAGAGUUGAGAGAACUCAUGGCAUGUAUUGUAAGGGAAUACUGGGUGAAAGGAAGUACAGUGGAUGGAAGCCAGGGGUUCUAUGCGAUACUUAGAGGCUCUGCUAGACCACAGACAAAGUAUUACAAAAAACUUCUUGGAGGACAUUUUGUUUCUUCUAGUGUGAUGCUUUGCUCCCGAAGUAUAACUCAACUAUCCUACACAUCAUCCCAAACACUGCUUGGCGUAGGAAGUUGUUUUGGAACUCUGAUACCACUUCCAACAAGGUUGCAAAUUGAUGCACUAACAGUUAUCACUGAGGAGAACUGUGACAUUCUCAAAAUUUCCUCCGUGGAAUAUUUAAGAGUAAAAGAGGAAUUAGCAAAGCGUGGAAAACUUGCCAAAGAAGAAUUAAUCCGUGGAUCUCCAUUUUAUCAAAACUGGCCUUUGGUAUUUAUCUUUCAGCUGGCUGCUCACCUAAAAUGGAAGAAGUUUCCAAAAGGACAUGUGUUGAUGAAAGUUGGAGAAAUAAGCAAAUAUGUAGGCUUCAUUAAAUCUGGAUAUUGCAAUGCAUUCCGAACCGUUCCAGCUCUUAUGAAGUUACCGCUGGGGAAAAUGAUUAAACGGAUGAGACAAGUCCUCAUUGGUAAAUUGCAUCCAAGACAGUCUUUUGGGGAAGUGAGCAUUCUUUUUCAGAUCCCAUCUACCUAUACACUGAAAACAGCAACCCCUGUUGAACUGGGGCUUAUUGAAGCAUCUGACAUCUCUGAUUUAGAUCCAGUUACACAGAUGCUGCUCCUGCAGACUGUCCGACCAUCAUUUGAAAAUAUCACAAAAGAUACUCUGAAGCUCGAUUAUAUAAGAAAGGAACUGGAAGCAGAGUGGAAGAGCACAAAGGACAUGACUUUGAAUGAUGUAUUAUUUCACAGUGGAAUCACCCCUGGAGCUGGAAAAUGGAUCCACCAGCACAUUCGUUUUGAGAAGGGUGAGAAAGAACAUCAGGCAGGUCUUCAUUUUGCUACUUAUCGAAAAUCCAUGUAG